GUUUCCUAUUAUGACGUUUGGUGAUCAUCAUUCCCGCGAGACCCACAGCGAGUAUAACCUGCAAAUUAGCCCAGGAUGUGGACCCUGUUGUCUCCGACCCGCGGCCCUAGGCUCACUACUAGCUGUUGGCACGCCGGCCAAGGCUUGUUAUACGAAGAAAGCGCAGUGUCAGUCGACUGGCAUGAAAGAGUCCAGAGGGCCAUGCGUAACCCCUGCGUAUCUACGUGCUGGUCGAGUUGAGAGGCAUUCGAGUAUGCCCGAGGUCAACAGCACUCCUUGUGGGACCUUGGUCAUGAAACACAAGGUGAGGGGCAUCUCGGCUGAGUUGUUCGAGUCGAGCGCCGUCACGCCAAAGACAGCGGAGUCGGGCCUGCGGACUUUCCCUGCUAUAAAGACGUCCUCACCGUCGGAGGGUGUCCUCAAAGAGCUCGAAUUGGAGAUGCUUAGAGCGGUCAGGGCUGAUGACCCUCUACGUGUUAGGAAAAUACUGGCGUCGGGCUGUAGAGCGAACCCACAGACCUGUCCAAGUGAUAGCUUCCUGUUGGAGUCAACUAGUCUCGAGGUCUCCCUCCUUCUCUUGGAUGCUGGAGCUGAUGUGAACGUGAGCCGUUCGAGCGAUGGUGACAGUCCGCUCAUGCUGGCAAUACGGAGUGGUGACACGCGGAUGGUUCGGUUACUCUUACAAUAUGGUGCUAACCCUUCUGUUCGGAAUCGACGAAAUGAAUCUCCACUGAUCCUGGCUGCUCAGCUCAACAAACAUGAGAUUUAUUCACUUCUCAUGAGAAGGUUAACAGCAUGCAUGGAUCGUCAUAGGGAGUUAUAGCUCAUUUAGGACGACUUUCCAUCUAGUUCAAUGCCUUGUAUUUUGUAUCCGUGUUGUAG